GUGUUCAAGAUUUUCCCAUUAAUUCAUUCGCUGACAACAUCACAAGAAGCUCUAGUUACUGCGACGAAAGAUGUAAUCAGGGAGUUCAGUAACGAUGGUGUCGUUUAUUUGGAGCUCAGAUCCACUCCUAAAGCUACAACAGAGAUGUCAAAGGAAGAAUAUGUUCAGGCUGUGAUUGAUGGUAUCUUACAAGCAUCUAGGGACAACGACAUUAUUACGAGGCUCCUACUUAGUAUAGAUAGACGACAAACAAUUGAAGAUGCGCAGAAAACUGUGGAUAUUGCUGUGGCCGACAAAUCUGGAAUAAUCGUUGGAUUGGAGCUAAGUGGUGAUCCAUCAGUGGAUGGUCGAAAGUUUAUUCCUGUCCUCCAAAGAGCUCGUGCUUCCGGACUGAAAGUAUCAGUCCACCUGGCAGAAGUCAGCAAUCAGUUGGACGAAGUGGACGAAUUUCUGGCAUUUCGCCCAGAUCGAAUUGGACACGGCACAUAUCUACAUACUAAUGAGCAUUUCGUCGAUCUGGUCAUGGAACACCGAAUUCCACUAGGUUCAAAAACAAAAUAUUUUGUAUAG